UUUAAUUUUAUAUUUAUUUUUUUUUAUCUCUUUUUGUCCCACUGCUCACGACGGGGGCUUCAGGCGCGCGGCCGCCCGGUGGGAUGCGCGUCGGCCUCGGCGUGCUGUCGUAUCCACUCCCCGUACUGAUGGCUGCGCUGUACCGGGGCCCGCACACCGCCUCUCCACGCGCCCACCUGGCGCUCAAGGACGUCCGGGAGGUUCAGGAGGAGACAACACUGGAUGAGAAGCUCUUCUUGUUGGCCUGCGAGAAGGGUGAUUACUACAUGGUGAAGAAGCUGCUAGAGGAAAAAUGCCAUGGCGAGCUGAAUAUCAACUGUGUGGACGUGCUUGGGAAGGACGCCGUCACCAUCGCUAUCGAGAACGAGAACCUGGACAUUCUGCAGCUGCUCCUGGAUCACGGCUGGCAUACGACAGAUGCUCUUUUGGUGGCCAUUGACUCUGAGGUAGUGGGAGCUGUUGAUAUUCUACUCAACCACCGGCCAAGACGAUCCUCCAAACCUUCCAUUGCUAAACUGAUGCAGCGGAUCCAAAACCCGGAAUAUUCCACCACCAUGGACGUGGCACCCGUCAUCCUGGCUGCUCACCGGAACAACUACGAGAUCCUGACCAUGCUCCUGAAGCAGGAUAUCUCACUGCCCAGACCUCAUGCCGUGGGCUGCGAGUGUACUCUCUGCAACGCCAAGAACAAGAAGGACAGCCUGCGUCACUCCAGGUUUCGUCUGGACAUCUAUCGAUGCCUAGCGAGUCCGUCGCUCAUCAUGCUGACAGAGGAGGAUCCGAUUCUGAGAGCGUUUGAGCUCAGCGCUGACCUCAAGGAGCUCAGCCUGGUGGAGGUGGAGUUCAGGACAGAUUAUGAAGAACUAGCCAAGCAGUGCAAGAUGUUUGCCAAGGAUUUGUUAGCACAGGCACGAAACUCUCGUGAGCUUGAAGUCAUCCUGAACCACACGAGCAACGAGGAUCACAAGAAUAAGAGAGGACUGCUGGAGGAGCGCAUGAACCUCAGCCGACUCAAACUCGCCAUCAAAUACAACCAGAAAGAGUUUGUGGCUCAGUCUAACUGUCAGCAGUUCCUGAACACGGUGUGGUUUGGUGAGAUGGCGAGUUACCGUCGUAAGCACACGGGGCUGAAGCUGCUGACGGUGCUGAGCGUGGCACUUCUGUGGCCUCUGCUCUCCGUGUGCUACCUGCUCGGCCCACGCUCACGCGUCGGCCACAUCAUCCACACGCCCUUCGUAAAGUUCAUCAUCCACAGUGCUUCGUACCUCACCUUCCUCCUCCUGCUCAACCUCUACUCGCUGGUCUACAAUGAGGACAAAAAGAACACCAUGGGCCCGGCGCUGGAGAUGAUUGAUUACCUGCUUAUCCUCUGGAUCAUAGGGAUGGUGUGGUCAGAUGUAAAGCGGCUGUGGUACGAGGGCUUGGAGGAUUUCCUGGAGGAAUCGAGGAACCAUCUGAGUUUUGUUAUGAACUCUCUGUACCUCGCCACCUUCGCACUUAAAAUAGUGGCUCACAGCAAGUUCAAAAACGGGCAUACUGACCGGAAAUUUUGGGACGCAUCUCAUCCCAUCCUGGUGGCCGAGGGACUUUUCGCCUUUGCUAACGUCUUGAGCUACCUGCGUCUCUUCUUCAUGUACACCACCAGCUCCAUCCUCGGCCCUCUACAGAUCUCUAUGGGUCAGAUGCUGCAGGAGUUUGGAAAGUUCCUAGGCCUGUUCCUCUUGGUGCUUUUCUCCUUCACCAUCGGCUUGACGCAGCUUUACGGAAAAGACCAGAAGGAUAUGUUCAAGAGCAAAUACAAAAACAAGGACUGUGAAGGAAUCUUCUGUGAACAGCAGAGCAAUGACGCCUUCCACACAUUUAUGGGGACGUGUUAUGCACUCUUCUGGUAUAUCUUCUCUCUGGCCCAUGUGGCGCUCUUCGUGACUAGGAUCAGCUACACAGAGGAACUGCGCUCGUUCGUAGGCGCCCUCAUCGUCGGCACGUACAACAUCGUCGUUGUGAUCGUUCUCACCAAGCUCCUAGUGGCCAUGCUGCAUAAGAGCUUCAGACAGAUCGCCAACCAUGAGGACAAAGAAUGGAAAUUCGCCCGGGCUAAACUCUGGCUCAGCUACUUUGAUGAUAAAUGCACGUUGCCUCCUCCGUUUAACAUCCUUCCAUCUCCGAAAACGCUGUGCUAUUUAUUGACCAGCCUGAGCAAAUGGAUCUGUUCCCACACGUCCACUGGAAAGAUGAAGAGACAGAACAGCCUCAAGGAGUGGAGAAACCUGAAGCAGAAAAGGGAUGAAAACUACCAGAAGAUCAUGUGUUGCCUGGUGCAUCGUUACCUGACCUCCACACGGCAGAAGAUGCAGAGCAUGGACCAGGCCACGGUGGAGAACCUCAAUGACCUGAGGCAGGACCUGUCCAAGUUCCGCAACGAGAUGAGAGACCUGCUCGGCUUUCGCACAUCCAAAUAUGCCAUGUUUUACCCCAGAAGCUAAAGCCAUGACCCAAAAAUUUGCUGUCUAGCAUGCCUGGAAAUGUUUCUUCUUCUAAUUGUACAGCAGGGACACAUUGCAGUCCUGGGACUGGAAUUCUAUAAUAAUGUAUUUAUUCUACACACAAAGCCUCCAGAUUCAGAACUUAACGUCAAAGAUUCCUGAUCGUCACAAUUGUUUUCUAAAAAGUGUCUUUCUUUUGGACAAUCGUAUCCAAUAAAGUUUUUUUUCUUUUGGAAAA